GAAGAAACUGAAAACUGAAGUCAGAGGCGUCGGCAUCAAAUAAAUAAAAAAUAUUCUGGUAAUUUAACUUUAACUUAACAACAAUAAUUUUUUAAUUCAACAGUCAACGUUUCGUUAGAUUCCUGUUGCGAUUUUGUCUUUACAUUUUAAAUUUAUAUUUUAAUUUUUAAAAAACCAAAAAAUAACUGUCUAGCAACAAAACAACCAAUUAUAGCAUUUACAUUAAUUGAUCUUAUUUUAAUCUAAGAUGCCUCAAGAUUAUGAUUCAAAAGUUAGUUUGCAUUUGGAUAUUAAUCAUGGUCUAGAAAGAGUAACGGAAUUAGUUCAGACUAGGCUUAUUGAAAGUGGCUGGAGAGAUCAGGUGAAGUUAGCUUGUCGUAAGGCAAUUUUGGAAAAUGGUGAAAAACACCCCCCUACUGUAGAUGAAUUAAUAACUCAAAUUACACCAAAAGCAAGGUCUAUGGUACCAGAUGCUGUGAAAAGGGAGCUUCUGCACGAAUUGGAAUUAAUUUUAGUUAAUGUGGACAAAGCUGGAUACAGUAAAAAUUUUUAAAUGAUUUAAAAAAGUUGAGGACUUUAUUUGUUUACAUAAAAUAUGUUUAGUGUACUCUAAACCUUUUAUGCAUGAAAGAAUGUCUUUCAUGUUUUCCACCUUUAACAUGUUUAUACGAUUUAUAAAAUAUACUGUUUGAAACUAUGUGUGGAAAGCUAGUUUGCAUUAUAUAAUGUCUAUACCUAAAUGCUGGUCCACCAAAGUGUACUUAAAACUUAUUCUUUAGAUAUAUUUCAUAAGACAUUAUUUUAACUGAAAAUUAGUUAAUAAACUUCCUUUAAGAAA